AUGGCUGGCUUUGUGAAAGUGCUACGGCAGCAUGCAAAAACGAACAUUAACAAAAACAAUAAGAAAUGUAUAACAAUAACAACAACGGAGACAGUGGUAGCAGCUAAAACAAAAGCGAUUAACAGCAGUAGUGGCAACAAUAAUAAUAAUAAUACCGACACGAAUACAACAUGUUGUUACUAUAUGCAAUUGCGCGAAAAUUAUCAUAUGACACGUACAGCAUUACAAUCUUCUACUUCUACCAGUAGCAGUAGCAGCAGCAGUACCAUUACCACAAACACUUCAACCACUGCAACAGCAACAACAGCUAUUGUUAAAUCUACGUGUAAACGUCAAUCAUUGUCAGCGCCAUCAUCAUCUCCUGCUCCAUCAUCGUCAUCACCAUCAUCAUUAUCACCAGCAUUAUCUGCAGCAUACACAUUUUCUUUUGCUGUGGAUAUUUUUUGGUGUCACCUAUUGUAUUCUAAAGAAUAUAAUUUAUUUAAAAAAGCAUCAUCAGCAACAGUUACAGCAACAUCUACAGCGACAGCGCCAUUUUCAUCAACUGUCUGCUUGAUGGACAAUUGUUCUGUUUCCUCCUUCAGAUUCUGUUGCUGUAGUUGUCAUUGUUCUUGUGCUUCAACAUGUCGUUUAGCUGUUAUUAAAUGUUUUUGCCCACACCAAUCAACAACAACUUCAGCUGAAUACUUCAGUGAAUCCGAUAUAAGUAUUCUUACUAACUAA